CAUUUAUUAAAUAUUGAAAUAUUAUGUUAUAUAAAAAUAUAUCAUUAUUUACAUUUUCGGAUAGAAAAACACUUAAGAGUUCUUUUUAACAAAGUAAAAUAAUAAAUCUCUCUCUCUAUUUAAAUAAAUGUUUAUUCUUCAAUUUAAUUUAAUUAAUUCAUUUAAUGUUUAUUACAGAGGCUUUGGAAACAUAUAAAGCACCGUUAUGAAAGCUCAACUACGGAAACUCGAUACGUACACAAGGAUACAAAGUUUUCUAUUGAUAACAGGGAAGCCCGUUGAAGGCAUUUAUUUACAACGCAUAUACUUAUAUGUAUAUGAUAUGAUGGAGAUAGUAAUAUUAAUAACAUGUUACGUGAUACGAUUAUUAAUUAAGCAAAGGAAGUUUAUAUCCGUCUGACUUAAAACAUCUGCGAUGUUUUCAUUUCUAAAAAUGGAAUUAAUAUUACUGCUUUUCCAAACACCAAACGCAUUGAUUCAUUGUAUUAAUUAUAUUAAUGGUUAUUUAUAUAUGAUAUAUCUAUCAUAUUACAUGUGUUCUAUGUAAUUACAUAUUGACAUAAAUUUUCAAAUGUAAAUUACAGAAUGUUAUGUUAUAGAAUAGUAAACAAUAAUAACAUAAAUAAAUAAAUAAAAGUAUAUUUCUUCUGGGAGUCUAUCUGGCUUCUAAAGAAUUAAAAGAAAGAGAAAGAGAGAGUAAAAGAAGCGAGAAAAUUGUUUAAUAAUUAAAAUAUUUCUAUAUAUCUGUCCAUCAUAAAUUGUAAUACAAUUGUUUAUGUACAUUUGUAUAUGUAUACAGUCUUGUAUAUAUUAGAAAAUAUUUUUAACAAAUAUUUAAAAAUAUUUCUAAUAUGAAUGAUUUAAUUAAAUCACAUCAGCAGAAAAUAUUCCUACAUGCUUCGCGAAUCGCGAUGUUCUCGCUAUUUAUAUAGUUAUCGGUUUUGUGAUUGCUUUUAUAAUUUUCGAACUACGUUAUCCGAAACGAUUUAAUUAAAUCACAUCAGCAGAAAAUAUUCCUACGUGCUUCGCGAAUCGCGAUGCGCUCGCUAUUUAUAUAGUUAUCGGUUCUGUGAUUGCUUUGAUGAUUUUCGAACUACGUUACCCGAAACGAUAAUAUAUAUCCGGUGAUGAAAAAACUGGCAUCCGGUAAGAUAUGUACAACACUGUGGCCAAUUGAUACCCUCCCUACAAGAUAGACGCAAAAGUAAAUAUAAGUUUAUUUAACGGAUAUUAAACGAAGUAUAUAAACGCACAAGCAUCCAGUCCAUAGCAACAGUUCUCUUGUGCUUCUUGCAGCAAAUGCAUCACAGAAAUAAACAGUCAUAAAAUUGUUUGACAAUUACAAAUCUAAAAAGGACAACAAUGUUUAAAAAACAUAUAACAUUAAUUGCCAUAUUCAUGUCAUUGAAUGGCAUUCUGGCAACACUAGAACUUCUUGAAGACUUGGAUAUGUUAAGAUUUGUGUCAGUUGAUUCUGACACAUAUGAAAAAGAAUUUGAAAUUAAAAUUAUUAAACAUGAAAAUAACAGUUGCGCAAAUGUGAAUACCGUCACUUUGGAUAAUAUGGAUUUGAAAGUUCUAAAGAAUGACAUUGUACAGAGCGAUACAAUCCAAAAAAUAUCCUUGAAAAACAAUCAUUUCCAAAAUAUACCGAACAAUAUCUUGGAUUAUGUACCACACUUGAUAUGUUUUGAUCUACAUCGGAAUUGGAUCAAUCUUUAUGAUGGCAAUAAACUCUCUAUUCAUCAUAAUUACCUACGAGCAUUAAACUUAAGUAAUCAAAACGUAUUUUCUCAUCAAUUGAUUCUCUGGGAAAUAGAAAAUAGAGUGAGAAUAGAAGGUAAUACGUACAAAUACAUGGUUUUCAACAGCAGCCGCAUGAGGUUGCCAUAUUUAGAACAUUUGGAUAUUAGCGGAUAUGAUGUAUCAGCUUUAUCAUGGGAUUUUAAUAUAUCCUUUCCACGUCUCACACACUUAUAUUUAACUAAUAUCAACGCAGAGAGAGUGGAACCACACUUUUUCAAGAAAAUUCCGCCUUCUUUACAAGUACUUCAUUUAGAGAAUAACCGAUUUCGUAAUUUGUCAUUAAACAACUUAAUGGAUAUUACCGCCAUAUAUCUUGAUGGAAACAAACACUUAAAGAACAUCGAAAUUUCAUCGUCUAAAUUACGAACUUUAUCUUUCUCGAAUUGUUCAUUUACAGAGUUAGGAUACAUCGAUCUUAAAACACCGUAUCUCGAAAAACUUGAUAUGUCGAAUAAUAGUUUAGAAUCAACAUCAUAUUUCCGCUUCCAAAAUUACCAGACAUUACAAAUACUUUUAUUAAAUAAUAAUAAAUUUUCGGAAAUUCCAUUACUGAAUCUACAAAGACUAACUGAAUUAUCUUUAAGUUAUAAUAUGAUUAAAUAUAUUUUACCAGAGAGGUUUUUGUACUUGAUAUCCUUACAGAAAUUAUCAUUAAAAGGAAAUAUUAUUGAAAAUAUUGAAAGUAAUGCAUUCUCAGGUUUGACAAAAUUAAAAUAUUUAGAUCUCUCCGCGAACCAAUUAAGAACUUUAUCGUCCGAUUUUCUGUUGCCAGUAAUAAGUUUACAGUAUUUGAAUUUGAACUCCAAUCAGUUUAAACAUUUUUCAGAUAUAGGUUUUGUAUAUUCAAAUAAAUCAUACGAUUAUUUAAAACAUUUGUUUGUAAAAAAUAAUAUAUUUUCAAGUAUUUCCACGAUAGAUUUAGCAUAUUUGCCAUCGCACGUAUCUGUAUACAUAGCUUAAGAUAUUCUAUUAACUCGACAUGUAUGUGCGUGCGUGCGUGCGUAUGCAAUAUUUAUUGUAUCACUAGACUAUAUUUUUAUACUAUCCUCAAUAUGCAUUAAGAAUGAUUUAUAAUAUACACAAAUGCUCUAUUAACAUGUUUUUAUAGUUAUGUAAUGUUUUUGUAGUUACGUGAUGAUUAGUUUUAUAAACUUAUUUAAGACUAUUACAUGAUCUGUAUUCUGUUACAUCAUUUUUAUAACCAGAAAUAAAAAUUAUCUUUGCGUAUUUAA